CGAUUGCAUGCAUGUGCGCCGGGGUUGGCAGGCGACGUACUGAGUGUUGUAUGGAAGAGGCAGACUGGCUGUCUUCUCGGUACUUCUGUGGUCGCAGCUUUCUCCCAGCCGUGUGGCCUACGGCGCGCGACGGUGCAUCUACUGAGAACGGCGAUUGGUCUACCCAGCGUCUACAAUGGCAGCUUGAUGUCGGAGUGUCUGCCUGCGUCUGCUCCUUCGUUUCUAGACGCUUGCUGGUUACCCCAAUCAUCGUAUUUGUGUGCGCGUUUCGCGUACCGAGUGUCGAGUACAAGGUGGAGAACAUCGUUCACCUGUGCUGGUGAGUACUGCCUCGGGUUUCGCUCGCCAAUCAACAUAGUAUGUGUAAUGGACUUCGCACUACGCGUUAUAAGCCUCGUAUUCUGUAUCCUCGGAAGCACUCAUGUCAGUUUGAGUUUAAUCUCUGCUCACAAGUCGUUAUCAGCACAUAUCAUCCUCGAAGUCCCCGCGCAGGUCUCGCCCUGACUCUCAUCGUCGCCUUUGCCUCUCCCGUGCAGUUUCGCUUUCCCACCUCAACCGCCAUGACUGAGAAGCGUAAAGGCGGAAAGAAACGCUUUCUCGAUGUUUUACGUCGACCUCAGUCCUCUACGCCCGCGCAAGCUCCGAGACCUGCGAGUCCGGCUUCGACAGCGGAGGGGUCUCAUCGUCUCACAUCUCUCCUGCAUUGGAGACAUCUCUCGCCCUCCCUGCAAAUACCGAGGUCGCGAAGCCUAUCUUCAAUUCGAGGAAAAUUCACCUCGCAGGAAGUGGGCCCGCAAGCACACUCGCUGCUCGAACAUUCGGAUACCCUCCUCCCAGCGGGCACCCCCGGAUCUGACGCUCUCAGUUCAGGCGACGACCAGCCUGCCAAUUCAGGCGACCCGAGGUCGCGAAGCCCACCUUCGUCUUCAACUCGGAGAGCAUCCACCUCCCGGGCAGUCCGCCCGCAAGCUGACUCGCUGCUCGAGCAUUCGGAUGUCCACUGGGAAGCGGGCACCUCCGAUUUUGACGCUCUCAGCUCAACCAGCAAGCCUGCCGAUCCAAGCCCCAGCGUCAAAUCCACUGCAGCGGGGAUGACAGGCCUAGCCGUCUUCAAGCGUGUGCUGGAGGUCACGGAGGGGGUCGCCGAAGUCUUUCCCCCUCUCAAGCUAGCCGUGGGAGGUCUGCUGGGAAUCCUCGACUGGGUCGAAACGGUCGUUGACGUGCAUGAAAAACUCAAGAGCAUCGCAGAGAAGGUGUCUUUCAUGACGACGAUACUUAAGAAGUACCAGUCUCUGCCACCAGAUAGUCAGGCCGAGAUGAGGGAGUGCGCUAAGAAGGUCGCGGAUAUGAUCGAUAGAGUGACCAACGUCGUGCGGGAGAAACGCGAGCGUUACAUCAUUACACGCAUCGCUCUUGCUCCAGCCGACGUCGACGAGGUCGAACGACAGCUCCGUGUUGUCGGGGAUGCCACGGACCUUUUCCUUGUAGGCUCGUCUCAGCCCGAAUAUACGAUGUCGUUGCUCACAAGGAUGCAGAUGCUGGUCAGUGUACGCCAAAUUGAGGGGUUGGGAGAGCUACGUACGCUCAAUCAGUCAUCGGAUGCGAAACUGGACAACUUGGUCCAGUUAGCUCUCAUGCAGCGGCUCGACCCGAUUGUAUCCGCGCAUCACGAUGCGAUGCAUAUCCCUUCCUGCACGGAGAAAACACGCAUCCAACUCCUGGACGAUAUAUAUACGUGGGCACUGGCGGAUGCACGACCGAUAUUCAUCCUGAACGGAGCAGCUGGAACAGGCAAGAGCACCGUCGCAAAGACCGUGUGCGCUGCGCUGGAGGGGAAAAGCCGCCUCGGAGGCAGUUUCUUCUGUUCUCGCGGCGGCAAGGCUGGGCAGCAGGAUGUAGAGUCCAUUUUCCACACACUUGCGUACUUCCUAUCGCACUAUUCACCCACAUUCGCUGCCGAAGUCGCUAAGGCUCUUCAAGAUGCCCCAGACGUCGCGAAGUUUGUGAUCAAAAAACAGUUCGAUGUCCUGAUCGCGAGGCCCGCCAAGAUCGCAUUCACCACGGCAGACGCGGCGCCCGUGCUUGUCAUCGAUGCUGUCGACGAACUUGAGUGGCCUCGCAGCAAUAGCAGUCCUACACCGAAAGAUCUCCUGGAUGUCAUUGUAGAUCAGGCACCUCAGCUGCAUCUCAAGUUCGUCGUCACCAGCCGGCCGGAGGCUGGCCUAUGGGAGGCAUUUGGGCCGCCCGACUCAGACUCACGGCGCAAGCAUGUGCGGCUACAUGAUAUCCCCCGAUUCGUCGUCGACGCCGAUGUUCUAAGAUAUCUGACGGUUGAACUCAAGGUCAUUCCGGCAUCCAAAGAUCAUAUCAGCACUCUUGCAGCUCGUUCUCAAGGCCUAUUCAUCUACGCGGCCACCGCGUGCAAAUAUAUCAAAGCGCGUAACGCAUCUCCGGGGACGCGGCUCCAAGCACUGACUUCUGCACGCGCGACCGCUCUCACUGGUAUCGAUGAGAUGUACGACUACAUCCUCGAGGAGGCUCUUCAGGGCUUGGAGAACAGCGAGGUGGAGGUGGUUCUACGGUGCUUACAUGCCAUCGUCUGCGUGCCCAAUCCCUUCUCUGUCCUCGAGUUUGCGCACUUGCUACGCCUCACCCCUGACCAGGUCCGCUAUGCGCUCGUUGCUUUGCAUUCCGUGAUCAACGUCCCCGACCCUGACGACGAUCACGGUUUCUUGACAACAUACCAUGCUUCCUUCCCAGACUAUCUCACUACACGGACGCGGUCUGGAUCAAAGCGAUGGGCGGCAGACACCGGAGCGACACAUCUCGACGUUUUCCUCGGGUGUAACAAGAUCAUGGAGACUGGCCUGUUCUUCAAUGUGUCAGGUUGUAGCACAUCAUACGCUAGCAAUGCAAAGCAGCCGUCGCGUCACGCACUCCCUUCGUAUCUCGCGAUCGUUUACGCGUGUCGAUUCUGGAUCGAACACCUGACCAUGUCGUCCAUCUCGGAGGAACGAGCGACUCAAGAUGUCUCGGCUUUCUUCGGAAAGCAGUUCCUAUACUGGUUGGAGGUGUUGAGUAUCUGUAACCACGCGGAUGUAGCCUCUUCACUGGUCAAGAGGCUGGAGGUCUGGCUCCGGGACAAGCAAACCACUCGAAGCACGGAAAACGCGGAUGUGUCACGAUGUCUGCGACUUCUGCUGGACGCGUAUGACUUCCUCAUUCGCUUCCGGACGCCGAUCGUCAACAGCGCGCCACAUAUAUACAUCUCGGCUCUCGCAUUCACGCCUCCGGAGUCGGAGAUUGGCCAGGCAUAUCUCGGUCUGCUCGAGCGUGGACUGAAGGUGGAUACUGCGGAACGGCUCACACCGUUACCCCUCCUGAAGAUACACGAGCAUUCUCGGGAAUCCAGUAGGCGAGCAAUAGCCUUCUCAGCCGACAGCAGUUGGAUCGUGUCUGCCGCAGAUGACGGCGUCCGCCGCUGGGAUGCAAGGACAGGGGAGUCAAUUGGCCAGCCGCGGCAGGGACCUGACGUUCCGCAUCCUCUCCUCGCGCUCUCACCGGACGGAUCUCACGCUGUGUCCUGGGACGCCUGGUACUCGAGUGCCGUCCAUAUCUGGGACACUACACUGGAUCGCCCCAAUGGACGGUCGCUCAAAGUACCUAUGGAUGCCACAUCCGACAGCGUGGUACUAGUGUUCUCGCCCGAUGGCAAGUGCGUCGCAGCCGGUAUCACGAUGCCGAAAGGUCGCGACUUCGCCAUUUGCAAAUGGGACGCGGACACGGGUGACCCCAUCGGCCAACUGCUUGAACUGGCAGGAUCGGCGUGCGACCACAAGUUUGAAUCGAUUGCGUUUGCGCCCAAUGGCAAGCGAAUCUUUGCAGUAUUCGAAUGGAUUGAAAAGACUGGGUUGUGGGAUGCAGAGACAGGCGCUGAGAUUGCAGCACCAUCGGAUUCAUCGGCAGCUACAUUCUCACCAGACAGCGCAUUCGUUGUGUACGGGGAAGUCCGUGGUGCUAUUGAUGUCCGGGACGCGGAGACUGGUGAUGCAAUUGGACAGCCGAUCCAGGGACACACAGAGGGCGUGCUUUCGCUCGCAUUCUCGCCGAAUGGCAAGUUCAUUGCGUCCGGGUCAGAGGAUACCACGGUCCGCGUCUGGUCCUUCGAGCAUGGCAGACUUGCCGGUCAUCGGGUGCUGAAGGGACAUACAGCCUCCGUCGUAUCGGUCGUCUUCUCGCCGGAUGGACGCCUCCUUGCAUCCACCUCGGAAAACGGGGAGAUCUGUAUUUGGGAUGCAGCCCAGACUACUACGGGGCACACGAAUUCAUUUGGCGAGCGGCCCGGGCACACUGGGGGCGUGAGGUCGGUCGCGUUCUCGCCGGACGGCCGACAGCUUGCAUCUGCGUCGCGAGACGGAACUGUUCGUGUCUGGGAUGCACAUACAGGUGCUGCAAUCGGAGAGCCGCUGCUGGGACUAGGUCACGACUGUGGCUGCUGGCCAAUAGCCAUCGCAUUCUUGGUGAAUGACAACAAGAUCAAUCUUGUAUCUUGUUCAAAUUGGCCCCACUCGAAGGACUACGACGGUCAUCGUGGUCCUGCCAUCAACGUGUGGGACAUGGAGACGAGCAACUCUGGUGAACGGCCACACAAUGGAUACUGGGGAAAGGAUGGUACGCGCGCAUGCGCGCUCUCGCCGGACGGCAAGCGGAUCGCACUUGAGUCGGAGGGGCAGGAGGAGUCGUCCACGGAGAUUAUCGAAUCGGCGAAGGGCGCCCACAUCGUGGACCUGGACAUGUCAUCCCAAGCCGAUCGCAGCUUAUCCGCCACCGUGACGUUCUCGCUGGAUGGCAGGUUUAUUGCAGCCUGCUUCUACGAUGACACCAUUCGGGUUUGGGAGACAGACACUGGUACCCGGGUCGCGCCGCCGCUCGAGGCAGACAAAUGGCGUGGGGAUCGUGUCGCGUUGUCGCCCGAUGGCAAGCUCCUUGCGUAUGGCUCCGAUUAUUCGGUGCAUGUUCGCAUUUGGAAUCUCGAAACCCAUAUCGAGCAGUCAGGCAUAGAAGACGCAGGCACAGUGGCGUCACUUGCGUUCUCGCCCGACGGAAAGCACCUCGCGUCCGCGUCGUAUGACGGAACGGUUCGCGUCUGGGAUGCUCAGACGGGUGCUCUGGUCCUACCGCCUCUCACAGGACACACGGAUACGGUGUGGUCAGUCGCAUUCUCGCCAGACGCUCGGCACAUCGCAACCUGUUCAGACGACGACACUAUCCGUAUCUGGGACGUGACCGUUGGGGCCUCGCAUGCACCCGUGAUCGUGACGGGAUCCGGUUCACCCUCCCUCGUCGAUCUCUGGGAGUCGCGUGGUGCGAAAUUCGAUAUGACAGAAGACGGAUGGAUCGUCGGCCCUCAUAAAGAGCUCUUUCUUUGGAUUCCCCCAGAUUAUCGCACUGGCUUAGUGUGGCGUCGGAUGACCGCAAUCAUAAUAGGCAUACAUUCCGUUCGUCUCGACCUCCGCGACUUCGCACACGGCUCGACAUGGACAGAGUGUUGGGGGUCGGCGUGAAGUGGCGGACAUGAUCGUGCAUCUGAGGUCUCGGCCCUGCUGCUAUGAUGGACUGUAAAUUGGCGAAUUCAGCUGAACGGGCUGGUGUGGAGGUGUUCACAUUACAACGCAUACACAUGUAUAU